AGUCGAAGGAUUUCCUUAUCUAUGUGCUCACUCAUCCUCCCAAGGCAUUCAAGGACAUGCAACAGGUCAUUCAGACAUCAAAAUGAAAUCAACUAUUGCUCCUUAGUCACAUCAGUACAGUAAGAAGAAAAACUGAGCACAGCUGUUGACUUUGACACACAUAGAAAUCCAAAAUGUGUACCUUAUUCUUCAUCAGUCUCUCUUAACAAUUAAAUGUGGAAAAAUCUAAGACAAUUGGACUGUUUGGGAAAAUUAUGUGAGCCCUGGUUAAAUGUUUCAUUAACACGCAAUUGAUGUGUAAGAGAUCACAUGAGACGUUCUGUUUACUCUUCUUCAGGUUAAUGUGAGAGAACAAAAUUUUGUGAAAAAAUCCCUCCAGUCUACAACACUAGAGAAUAAUAUAUACAAAGUUGUAUAAAAAAACUGCUAUAAGUAGCAGCGAAACAGCAGAUGGAAGAGUUGUUAACUUAAAACAACUGACAAGGAAGACCAACAAGUUGAGAAUUAAGGCAACCCACAUUUCUAUGGAAACCGUAACGCGUGUGGGGUGGGGACUGUGUCCACGACUGUUGUUUGCUCGAGUGUAGACCGUGUACGGCCCGGAUACACAUAAGGUAUCAUGCCAGGGACGUCACGACAUGAUCGGGAGAUGGCAGUGAACGCCAAAAAACAGCUGUCUGUGUGCACUGACCCUAUAGAUAGACUGAGGCUUCAGUGUCUUGCCAGAGGCUCUUCUGGCAUCAAGGGUCUGAGCAGGACAUUCAAGAUAAUGGAUGAUGACAACAACCGCACUUUGGAUUUCAAGGAAUUUAUGAAGGGCCUCAAUGACUUCGGUGUCCUUGUUGAUAAAGAGGAGGCAAUUGCAAUGUUUCAGCGUUUUGAUCGGGACAACAGUGGAUUCAUAGACUUUGAUGAAUUUCUCCUCGCUCUCAGGCCUCCGAUGUCUAAUGCCAGGAAGGAGGUGAUCAUGCAGGCCUUCAGGAAACUGGAUAAGACGGGCGAUGGGGUGAUCACGAUUGAAGAUUUGCAAGGGGUUUACAAUGUCAAGUACCAUCCCAAAUAUCAAAACGGGGAGUGGACAGAGGAACAAAUAUUUCUUAAAUUCCUGGACAGCUUUGAUAGUCCGUAUGACAAGGACGGAAAGGUCACCCAGGAGGAGUUCAUCAACUACUACUGUGGAGUCAGUGCCUCCAUCGAUAGUGACGUCUAUUUCAUUCUCAUGAUGAAAAACGCAUGGAAAUUAUGAGUUUCAAGGGAAUAACAAUGAUUAGUUUUUUUAAAUGGACUGUUUUUCAAGGGGCCUUCUUAAACUAAUAUGCUUAAUGGAAAUAAUGUUAAACUAUUUCACAAUGAUACGUAAAUUAUUUAAUAACGUGCAUUUUAAUUAUGCAAUCACUAAUUCCAGAAACUGAUUAAAUGCUAUCUACCAAUAUUAUGUAUUGUAAAAAACUGUUAUACACAGUUGUAAUGUCAGAUUUAACUUUAUGAAGACA